AUGGCGUCGUCGUGUCCUCAAGUGCUGGGCUACAAUGUGGAGAGCCGCAUUGCCCUGCUGGGGGCGGCGGGCUUCGACCGCAAGGUCGUGCUCAAGAUGGCGUCGUCGUUUCCUUCAGUGCUGGGCUACGAUGUGGAGAGCCGCAUUGCCCUGCUGGGAGCGGCGGGCUUCGACCGCAAGGCCGCGUUGAAGAUGGCGUCGUCACAUCCUCAAGUGCUGGGAUACGAUGUGAAUAAGAACAUUCUGCCUAAACUGAACUUUUUGCAAGCGGCCCAUGUUGAUGUUACAGACAUCACGUCGCACCCGAGGUACUUUUCAUUUUCGCUGGAAGGCAGGAUUAAGCCAAGACUGUUAGCAUUGCAAGGUCUUGGUCUGCUGCCACAAACAAGUGGCGGCGUGUGUUCUUGGUUGGUGCUCUGCGACGCAAAGUUUUUCAGACGGACUGGCCUUGCGCGCGGAGUGAGGAUGUAG